AUUUGUCAAUUGCUCCACUUUUUCUGAAACCAAAAACAAGAAAAUAGCAGAAGACGCUGCUGCUGGGGGCUACCUGAGCUGAGAUUUCUGAAAUCUCUAACAAGCACAAUUCAAUUUCCAUCAAACAUGUGGAGAAGAAUCUCUGCUCAUCUUCACCAAUCGCCAUGGCGAUCUGCCCAACAACAACAACAAAACUUAAGAAGAAUCCACCAACAACAACGUCUUAUCAGCUCUGUUUCUUCAACAUCUUCAUCUUCAACAACAACCGUUCCUCCUUUUCAGAAAACUACUCCACUCUUUUCUCAACACUCUGAUACUAUUCUUUCAAAGGGGAAGACUGUUGAGGAUGUAAUGCCAAUCGCGACUGGUCACGAAAGGGAAGAAAUUGAGGCUGCACUUCAGGGAAAGAAUCUUCUAGAGAUGGAUUAUCCUGAGGGUCCUUUUGGUACUAAGGAUGCACCUGCUAUUGUAAAAUCAACCUAUGACAAAAGAAUCGUCGGAUGCCCUGGUGGUGAAGGCGAAGAUGAGCACGAUGUUGUUUGGUUUUGGCUGGAGAAAGGAAAGCCACAUGAAUGCUCUGUUUGUACUCAAUAUUUCGAGCUUCAAGUGGUUGGCCCAGGCGGAUCUCCAGAUGGUCACGGCGAUGAUGACCAUCAUUAAUGUUCUUGUUAGUCGAUGUUUGUCUUGGUGAUGUUCAUUUCCAUUGCCUUUGUCCAUUGAUGUUUGCCAUAAAUUAGAACCUUUAUUGUCUUUAUAUACUCUUUCCCAAAGAAUUUACUCGUAUAAAAUAAUGGCCACCGCAUUUCUUUAAUCUUGAAAUUUACGGAAACACAAAAGAAAUUCCCUUUUUUAGUUUUUAAUAUACUAAAUUAUCCUCUUGUAAUUAUAAUUCCUAGCGAAAUUCAGAAGUUCUUUAUCGACUUCAUUUG